CGCACGCGACACUCACGUGCGCGUCGUGGGAACGGAGAGGCGACGGCCGUGUCCAGCAGCGCGACCGGCGCGCGGCCCGUCGUCUGUCGCAGUCGGGCCCCCGCUCCGCUACCGUCCACCUGACCCAACACAACUGCAGGGCGAACGGGCGGCAUUCCAUUCCGGUGAUCAUGAAGCCUGCGGACGCUCCCCCCGCCGCGGUGACGCCGUCGCUCGCCAUGCCGCCCUGGCUGACGCCCCAGCUGCUGACGGCCGCCAUGAGGGACGCGGACGAGGCCUGCGGCCAGGUCACCACCAUCCGGGUGCGGCCCGCCACCGGGCCCAACGAGAACUACCUCAGCGAGCUGUUCCGCGUGCACGCGCACCUCGGCAAGGGCGAGGUGCGGCGCCUGAUCGUCAAGGCCAUGCCGACGGGCGCGGCGGAGAACGCCAUGGUGGAGGCGUGCGGCGUCUUCGCCAAGGAGACGCUCAUGCUCAAGGAGACGCUCCCGCAGCUGGAGCGCCAGCUGGCGGCCGGCCUGAGCCAUCGGCCCGCCGAGCACCUGCAGAUCGGUCCGCAGGUCAUCGCCGCUUGCUCCAACGGCGCGCUCCUCAUGGAAGACCUCGCUGCCAGGGGCUACACGAACGUGCCGCGGCGCGACGGGCUGGACCUGCCGCACAGCCUGCUGACGGUGCGCCUGCUGGCGCGCAUGCACGCCGCCUCCGUGGUGGUGCACGGCCGCGGCGGGCGGCACGCUCGCGACCUGGAGGCGUACGGCCACGGCUGGGCGGGCCCCGAGAUGCGGCCCCUGUUCGACGGACUGUACGUCACGACGCUGCAGACGCUGGCGACGGUCGCCCGCACCUGGCCGAGGCUCGGCGAGAAGGUGGCCGCCCGGCUGGAGCGGGCCGUGAGCACCCACCCGCAGCGCGCGCUCGACGCGAUGCUCGUCCGCGACGGCGACUUCGCCGUGCUCUGCCACGGCGACGCCUGGUCCAACAACAUCAUGUUCGCCUACGACGAGCACACGGCGCAGGUGCGCUCCGCGCUGCUCGUGGACUUCCAGCUGGUGGCGUGGACCAGCCCCGCCAUCGACCUGCACUACUUCCUGACGCUGGGCGCGGCGCCGCGCGUCCGCCAGCUGCACAGCGCGCGCCUGGUGCGCGCCUACCACGCCGAGCUCGCGGCCUGCCUCGGCGCCCUGGGCUGGCUCGGCGCGGUGCCCACGCUCGCCGCCCUGCAGCGGGACCUGCGCGCGCGCGAGCACUGGGCCGCCUUCUCCUCGUGCCUCACGUGCAUCCGCUACGUGGAGGCGGGCCAGGGCAUCGACUCGCAGACCAUGCUCGUCCGCGACGACCCCGCCAGGAUACGCUCGCUCAACGACCCGGCGUGCCGGGCCGCGACCGAGGACAUUAUCCUCGAGUUCAUCGAGAAGGGCCUCUUUGAGUAAAUCAGGUGCCACCGCGUGGACCGACGACGACCUCGCUCCGCCCCGUCGCCGGGCACGACAAUGACGUCCCGGUCGCCUACCCCUUGCCCUUCCCCCGCGGCCGUUUAAAAGCGCUCGCUGUUGGCGGGGGCUGUCUCUCUCCUAUACACUGCGUGUGCCGCGGUGCGCCCUACACGAUCGUGCCCUGCAUGACAACGCGCGCGGUGGGUGGAUCCAGGCAGCGUGUUGCGGUGGAGGCUUGUGCCUGAAGCGGGGCCGGGGAGUAACUCCGAGGGACACUGUGUGCCCUCCCCUCUGCGGGCCGGUGUGUGCGAGUGGAGGGGGCUGGGCUGGGGCUGGGCGAGCUGCGCAGUCACCGGCGCCACUGACCGACGCGCCGCUGGGUCGCCUUUGACGUCCCCCCCGUGGCAUGAGAUGAUGACGACGAUGAAAACAUACCGCCGCCGCAGCCACCACGACCACACCAACCACCACCACCACCCCUCUGUGCUGCUUCCUAAAGAUGAAAAUAAUGAAAAAGAAAAUUCAAAAGAACUUUCAAAACAAAGAACAUAAAAAGUUUUAAGACAAACGCCACCGCCGCCGACCACAGCACAGACCGCCCCUCCCCCUACCCUCCUCCUGCCCCUUCUCAUCCGGCCGCCAGCCGCCCUUACAUCCCCAGGAGGACGCUCUUCUAUCGCGCCGACGUGCGGAAUACUGAUGCUCAAUUCACUGUAGCUCUACGCGGGGCGGGGCGGAGUGCUGCCAACCUGACGACCCGAAAUUAAGUGGCCGCGAAAGAAAAGGCGCGCGAAGAGAAAGG